AUGGUAUCUGAUCAGGUUGAAAACGCCAUCCUUGGCGUCGAGAAAGACUUCUUGGCCUCUUUCCCAGGAUGGGAGGGACAAGAUAUCCUCAAGCUCACUGAUUACGAGAAAGUGAUGCAAUGGAUUGAGAAGUCUGCAGACUGGAGAUCGCCAUGGGUGAGCCAAUCUUUGCAUGUGCGUAUUGACGGCAUAGGAAAGACAUGCAAAGAAUUCAUCAGUGUCGUCCAUACAUCACGAAUCGUUCCUGACGAGGUCAACAAGUUCGGAAGGUGGCCGGCCCUUGUCCUUGGCAGCCUGGCCCUUUGCAUUCGCGAAAUUCUGCGGAUCGGUGACUCAAGUCGGAAUCCCUUUCUCCCUCUACUCGAAGAACUUACAAUCAACACGUCUUUACCUCUGCCACCAUUCAACCGGCCGAGCAACGACGACAGGCCUUUCGCAGAAUUCUUGCUCCAGCUUUUUGUCCAGCUCGCUCACAGCCUGCUGAAGCUUGCGUUGUUCAUGGUCAAGAACCAAUCAGAGCAUCGGAAAGACAAGCCCACCGAAGGGUUUACCAAACUGAGUGACGAGAACCGAGAGGCAGUUCGGCGACUCGGAGCUUUAUGCGACAAACUCAGGGGCUGCAUCUUGUCCAACAGCUCGGAUACUCGAUCUGCUCUGCCACAUCUGGAGCAACAGACAACAGGAACCAGCCUCAACACUUACCAUUCGUUUCCUGCUCGCUUCAGCAGACAUUUCCAAGGGAGGGGGACAUAUUUUACCAGGAUCGAUCAGAUCUUUGCUACUUCUCCUGCGCGGCCUGCCCUGGUAUCAUUGUACGGCUUGCCAGGCAUCGGGAAGACGCAGCUGGCAAUGCGAUACUGCAAUUCUCAGAUCGCUCAAUACAAGGUGAUUCUAUGGACUGAAGCGGACACGCCCAUGAAAAUUCAGGAGGGACUUUCCAAACAUGCUGUCAACCUUGGAUUGCCUGGAGCCGAACUAAGAGGAGACAAUGAUACUUGGCUUCUGGUGUACGAUAAUGUCGACGACAGAAACAUACUUCGACAGUUUUGGCCCGAAGGAGGCAAGGGCCACAUUAUCGUCACGACCCGCGAUCCCUUCACUGCGAAUUUCCGUGCUUCCGACAGGAUCUCCGUCUUGCCCCUGAACAUGAAGGAAUCGAAGAACCUCUUCUAUGAUGAGAUUGGCAGGUCUCCAAUUCCGCAACAGAAUCCGAGGAUCGAAAAGUUGCUGGGUGAGUGGGAAGGCGUUCCCCUGGCUAUCAAUCAGAUGAGCAGCUUCAUCACCCGACUUGGAAUGGACCUAGAUCAGUUCGUCAAGCUCUACGAUACGAGUAAGCCCCGUCUUCUGCAGAAAGAAGGUUACGAGGAGUAUCCCCACAGCGUUGCGACGGCGUUCGCAACCGAGCAAUUGCAACAGAACCCGAAGGCUGUCAUGCAUGCCAUGUGUUUCUUUGACCCAGAUCGGAUACCGUGCGAAGUGAUCCAGUCGAGCUUCGAUUCGGAUGAGACGCAAGGCUUCAACUCGGUCAUGUGCCAGAUGGACUAUCUAGACAGUCUCGAGACACUCAUCAGGAUGUCCUUGCUUACCAAAGUUGACAACGAUAUAAGUAUUCACCGCCUGGUACAGGAUGUAGUGUAUCUUUUCAUGUCCAAAGAGGACCGCCAAAAGGCUUUUGACGCUGUUCUCUCGGUUCUCAGCAAGAAUUUCCCGACCAACGCAGAAGGUCAGAUGUGGAAGGAGUGGCUCUGGCCUCUUGCUGGCAUUCUUAUUGAGAAUAACCGGAUCACAGAGGCACUGCCACUGUUGAUGAAGGCUCUCCAGAUUCGCGAGGCUCUCCUUCCAGCAAACGAUCCGGCCCUGGGCAUCACAUACUACUCCAUCGGCCUCUUUUAUAUGGAAUACAACCAACUAGAGAAGUCGCUCGAGUACAACCUUAAAGCCCUUGAUGUCAGACAGAGAUGCAGCGAUCCUGACGAGGGGCCUUUGGCGUUCACAUACGGCAAUCUGGGUUUGAUAUAUCGGCGCAUGGGUGAGCUUGACAAGGGGUCGGAUUGCAUGGAGAAGGGCGAGGAGUUGUGGCGACGGAGCUACGGAGAUAACUCUGACAGAUACGCGAUAUGCAUGUACUACCUCGGAAACCUCCGACUCGACCAAGGCCGAAUCGCCGAAGCACGGCAGUGUCACCAGAAAUCAUUCGAUAUAUACUGCAAGAUACUACCUCGCAACUUCAAGACAGGGCUCUGCUGGCAUAAGAUGGCCACUUUCUUCCGUCGCGAUGAUGAUUUCUGCAAUGCCGAAGCAUACGUGCGGAAGGCGCUGUCCAUCUUUGAAAAGUGUUUUGAUCCAACACCGAGACUUGCUCGCUCCACUUACCUGUUGUCAGAGGUGUUAAGAGAUAGCGGUCGUAUACUUGAGGCAGACGAAAAGCGACAAGCGGCUGAGAGACUGAGGGAAAGUAUUACAACCUUACCCUAUGAGAAGGACUCAACUCCCGAGGCAUUUGAGAGGCUUGUUCCAUAUUUCCUACGUUAA